UGAUAUUGUUAUCACUCAUCACUAUGGAUACGCAGAGGUAGUUAUUAUCGACUGAAAUAGUAUGUCCACUCUCGAACUUGUCUACAUUCAAAAAGGAUUGUGGUUAAAUUAAUUUGUAAAAUAAUUCAAGCACAAUUAAUCAUAGGUAGUAUCGGAAAUAUGGAAAAAAUUGAUGAAACGAAAGAUGGUUUUCAUAAACGUCUCGCGCCUGGAAUGACGAAAGAAACGCUCAGAGAAAUAUGUAAACAAAAUAAAUUGUACAUGAUUCCUCGUCAUAAUGAUGUUUUGUAUCUCCAUUUUAAAGGAUUUUCAAAGAUUGAAAACUUGGAAGAAUAUACUGGGCUAAAAUGUCUAUGGAUAGAAAACAAUUGCCUAACAUACAUUUCUGGACUGGAAAAUCAAACAAAGCUUGUCGGUUUGUACAUGCACAACAACGCCAUCUCCAAAAUCGAAAAUCUCGAUUCCUUGGUCAAACUUAACACGCUAAAUUUGAGCCAUAAUUUCGUUAAAGUUAUUGAAAACUUAGAUCACUUGCAGGACCUUAAUUCGUUGAUUAUAUCUCACAACAAGCUUUCUUCAGCGAACGAUAUUUCUCAUUUGGUCAACUGUAAAACCUUGUCUAUACUUGAUCUUUCAUAUAACUACUUAGAUGAUCCAGAAAUCGUCGAUAUAUUCACUAAUAUGGAAUCUUUGCGUGUUCUGUCUUUAACUGGAAAUAAUGUGAUUUCGAAGAUCAAAAACUAUCGGAAAACAUUAACAAUAAAAUGUAAGGAACUUCUUAAUCUGGAUGAGAGACCAAUAUUCAAAAAGGACCGUUUGUGCGCAGAAGCUUGGAGUACUGGUGGAAUCGAAGCAGAGCAAGCCAUGAGAAGUAAAUUAAAUGCAGAAGAACAAAAAACCAUUACGGAUUCCGUACGCGCAAUAAUGAGCUUGCGUCGAAAUAGGAAUGUACAAAUUACCCCGUCGGCCUCCGGGGACAGCGGCUUUCAGGGAAGUUUCGAAGGGAGAGAUUCUACAGACAGUCUGGUUGUGUCUAAAGACUUUUACGACGAAUGCGACUCUUUGGACGAAGAUUCCGAUUCCACCGACGAUGGAUCGUCUACUAAAGCCACAAAUCCAUUGGUAUGCGAAAUUAUUGAUAAUGACGACGGCGAAGACGAUUCUUCGAUAUGCGACAAUAGUACCCACAACGAUAGUUUAAGAGAUCUCGAGAAUGACGUAGUAGAUAGCUCGACUGAUAGAAAGCGAGAACCAAGUACCUGCACCGCCACAGCGGACUGUGCCAGCGAAAGUCGAGAAGACAUCGAUGGUUGUAGCCCUACAAUCAUCGCAAAAGAUGGUGACAAACCUGCAGAAAGACUUGACGAAAAUUGCAAAAACUCCGUUGACAGUAAAGCCGACACGCUUGAGAGCGAGGUGGUGAAUAUCGCCACAGGUAUCAAUACCGAACCAUCUCUUAAGCAGUGUACCAAUGACGGUUUAAGUUUAAACGAAUCGAUUAGCUCGGUCAUUGCAUACCAAAAUGAGUUUGUUUCUAAAGAGACAAAUUAUUACGUCGAUGCCGAAUCAAAUUCAAACAAAAAAGAAAAAUGUGUAGAGAUGUAUUUGGAUUUCAACGACGAUGAGAAUAGUAAUGAAAACUACAAUAAUAAUAAUAAUAAUGAAGCAAAUAAUCGUUAUCGGAAUGUCGACGGAUCAAUCGAAAAUAAAACAUUUAAGGACAGUGAUUCUGAAACUUUUGAAAGUGAUUUACAAAAAUGCGUCGAAAGUUCACCUAUAUUAGGUUCGGAGAAAACUAUUAAAACUUCACAAAUUCUAUGCGCAAAAAAGCCGUAUACUCUGGACAUAAUUGAUCAUAAUAAUGUCGAAGAAGAGCCGAUUUUAUUUACAAACUUCAAAUCUGAUCAAACUGAAACCGAGGAAAUUCCUAUUCGACUUCCAUGGUUGUUGUCAUCUCAAACAGAAGAAGAGUAUUAUAUUAAAAAAAGUUCUGAAUAAAUUAAUAAUCAUAAACUGAUGAAAACAUAUGGACAUUUCUGCAAAACGCUAAAAUUCUGAUGGAAGAAAUAUUUAGUAAUGAAAUUAUAAGUACAGCUAAAAUUAUUUCAAAUUGUAUACUAAAACAGAGCGAUGAAUGUACUUUGAAUUGUAAUCAUGUAUAAUAAUGAUAACAAGAUUAAAAUCACGUAAGUUACUUUAUUAUUAAAAUAUUUCUUUAACUAUUAUUCUUAAUGUUUUAAAAGGUAACAUUGUCAAACAUAAAACGAAUAUCGCUUAC